AUGGCUUCCGUGCUUUCACUAGCUGCGCAGUGGGGCAAGGAUUUGAGCGAGGUCCUCUCAAAACUUACUUGGCCACAACUUUGCGGUUUGGCAUCAGCUGGGCUGCUGGGACAAGUGCUUUGGUCCCACUACCGGAUUCUCCUACGCAGGCGGCUCCCUCCUCAUGAUCUGGGAGUGCCCUUGUUGGGACACACCUUCGGCAUCCUCAAGAUGGGCUUGGAAAGAUGGGCCUUGCAUGUCAUGGAGGGCAAGCAGACCCUCCUGUCGCACUACUUCUUCACCCCGGCAGUCAUCAUCCGCCACGAGCAGUACAUGAAGCACAUACAUCGCUCCGAGCUCAAUGGUGAGCUGUGCCCCCUCUUCCCGCGCAGCUUCGAAAGGAUGAUCGGUGAGAACAGCGUCAUCAAUCUACCGGGUGGCAAAGGCCACCCGAAGCACAAGCGGCUUCGGGGCAAACUGCUCGCAAGCCUUGGCCCGCAAUAUGUCCUGAGCCUCAUCCCGGAGAUCGCUGCAUUGGUGCGCCUAACAUUGGAUGGAAUGGUGAAGGACACGGAGCGCCAAGGCUACGCCGAAUUUCAACGAGCUGCAAGUGAGCUGGCGGCCCGCGCAUCAGUGCUGCCGAUUGCUGCUGGCCUGGAGGAGGCUGAGCAGCGGUCCUUCGAGGUGCUCCUCAACGACGUGAUGACGGGUCUGCUGGCCCCUCCGCUCGACCUGGGACGGUUCUCCGCGCACGGGCGAGCGCUGAUCGCGAGGAGGAAAGUCUGUCAGAUGAUCUCGAAGAUCAUGGCCCAGCCGAAGAAGCAUCGGCAGAACAUCAUCGCUGAUCUCAUGAAAGAUUCUGAAGAUGGCAAAGGCUUCACAGAGGAGGAGAUUUCAGACACGGUCUUCACCCUCCUCAUCGCCGGGAAGCUCACCACUGCGGACGCCUUGCCGUGCUUGCUGGUGCAGCUGUACCAGAACACGAGCUGGAAUCAGCGCGUCGCGGCAGAGAACCUUGAGAUGAAGAGCCCCGAGGAGGACUCGGUGACUCUGCGCGUCGUGCGCGAGUCGCUGCGCUUCAAGCCACCCGUUGGAGCCUUCCGGCGUGUGAGCUUCCAGAAGGACACCGACUUGGGUGAGCACGGGGUAGUGCCGAUGGGAUGCCCCAUGGCCAUCCUCUUCUCACCGUUGCUGAAGGAGCUGGGUGAUACAUUCGAUCCGGAUCGGUGGUUGACGCUGGAUAAAGACCGCUUCCUCGUGUUCGGUGGUCAUCAGCCCCAUGAGUGCAUCGGGAAACACCUGGCGCUGGUCGAGUUGCAGCUCUUCGCGCGCAUCCUCUGUCGCGACUAUGACUUCGAGGUGCUCGACACGACUGAGGUCGUGGAUCCGAGCAAUCCAGUCAACGUCGUUUACAAGGAUGGCUGCCGCGUCAAGAUCUCGAAGAAGUGA